AUGGCAACCAAAUUGUAUAUUGUAUACUAUUCCAUGUACGGACAUGUAGAAAAACUUGCAGAGGAGAUAAAGAAAGGGGCUGCAUCUGUUGAAGGCGUUGAAGCCAAAUUAUGGCAGGUCCCUGAAACUCUAUCAGAAGAGGUUCUUGGAAAGAUGAGUGCACCGCCAAAAAGUGAUGUACCUGUUAUUACACCGAAUGAUCUUGCUGAGGCCGAUGGGUUUGUUUUUGGGUUCCCGACAAGAUUCGGAAUGAUGUCUGCGCAAUUCAAAGCUUUUCUGGAUGCAACUGGAGGUCUAUGGAGAACUCAGCAACUUUCAGGAAAACCUGCUGGGAUCUUCUAUAGCACCGGAUCUCAGGGUGGCGGACAAGAAACUACAGCGUUGACUGCAAUCACUCAGCUCGUUCACCACGGCAUGAUAUUUGUUCCCGUAGGAUACACCUUUGGUGCAGGCAUGUUCGAGAUGGAGCAAGUGAAAGGAGGAAGUCCCUACGGCGCUGGAACCUACGCCGGGGAUGGAUCAAGGGUGCCAUCUGAACUUGAGUUGGCACAGGCUUUUCACCAAGGAAAGUACAUCGCCAGCAUCGCCAAGAAACUCAAGGCAGCUGCCUGAUUUCGAUUUACUACAAAAAUCACAAUUUGUGCAUUCAUAUUAUAUUUUUUAUACAAAGUUUGCAUAACAAUAAUUCUUCGUAUAUUGCAUAUAUGCUUAAUGCGUGUACGUCUAUUGGCUUCGAUUAAUGGCAAAGUUUGCUCAUAUAUUUGUCAUACCAUUCCGAACUCCGGCAUGAAAGUUCUUAAAUCUGAUUCGGAUUUUCAGUCCGUUCAA